GGGGAGGUGGCCAGGAGCUUAGAUGUCCUUCGGGUAAACCAGUGAGAAACUAUCGUGCUGCCCCUGGGAAGAAGUGAUCAUAACAAGCAGUCAGCCAGGAGGAAGAGCUGCGUAGACUGGUGCUGAUUCGACGACGAUUCCAAAGCUGAGGAAACACGUCGCACAAGACGAAGCAGAAUAGGAAAACGGUUUCUCCCACCGACAGGUCCUGAUUAUAGCCGGCUAGCUGAACGUAUCGCAGGUUGAAGAAAUGGCUAUCACGUCAAAAUCCCUGCGGUUGGUCUGUGCAUAUUUAGCGGCUAUCCUGAUUGGUCGCAUUUUGUGUUUGGAGGGGGCGUGUCUACAGGACGGUAGACAGAAGGCCACGCCCAGCCAGGAACCUCACCUGAAAGAGUGCACAAUCUAUGCUGAGAAUGCAUGUUGUUCAGAGGUUGACAUCCAGGACCUUAAUCCCAUGACCAGUGAGAAGAACAGCCCCUGGGACAAGUGUGGGAAACUGAGCCCGAAGUGUGAGGACUUCCUGAAGCGUGUGACCUGUUUCUACCGUUGUUCCCCUGAUGCAGCACGCUGGCCACACUCUCACCUCCAGUCCUCCAUGCAGGCCGUGCCACUGUGCCACAGCUUCUGCCGUGACUGGUAUGAGGCCUGCAGGAUGGACAUGACAUGUGCUCGUAACUGGGCCAGAGACCCCAGAGGACAGAACUGCACUGGGAGCUGUGUGCCGUAUCAGCAGAUGUACCAGCACGGCCGGGACUUGUGUGAGAGCCUGUGGGGGGACGCCUUCAUGACAGUGGAGGAUGAGGAGGAGGAACGGGAGGGGGGUGAGAGUAUUAGCAAUGGUAAUGGUGGACGUCCCUGUGGAUGCCUGACCCUCAGCCCCUCGGACAGGGAGGUGAUCGCUGCCCUCAGGGCCCUGGAGGAAGACCCAGAGGAGCUGGACACCACCAAGAGUGGCUUGCCUCAGUACCGUGCCCCCUGCCACACGCAGCCCCAGACCAAGCCUGCCACACUGCCCCCGCAGGCGCGGAGGAGCAACGGCAACAUUGUGAUGCGGAAACGCUCGGUCGUGGUGGAUGAUGUGGAGGGUAGUGGGAGUGGGCUGUAGAUGAACUGACAGAAUCUGAUCUCUGAAUCUGUAGCUCUGUCCCCAAGCUGGGGUUGUCAUAUCUUGCUCCUAUAACUAACCUUACCUCACAUACUGUACCUCUCAUGACACACCAUUAUAACCCAUCAAUCAAAUGUUGCUUAGAGACGCUCCAUAUUUUGAUGUAAUACCAAACAUAUAAAUCAUUAUGACAUGACAUGCCUUUAACACUGUGUAAAUAAUGUACGAAUAGUGACAUUGACCGUAACAUUAUUCUGAAAGGUAAAACAAUCAACAGCUAACAUCAAAGUGUAUGACAUCAUGUUGUAUUACAGUCUGUUGUUACAUGGUACUUGGCCCAGGGACUGCAGUUGAAAUUAGCCGGCUGACUAAAACUUUUAUACAGUAAUAAUGUUGAUUAAUGUCCACUGUCCCUGUAAAAGUAAAUGUAAUAAAGUAAAGUAGUUGCUAAAACAGGUGACACCAUUCAUGAUCGCCAUCAAUGUUUGGCAUGUAAUUGUCAGUCAUGUAUGCUCAUUAUAAACAUAUGUAGUCUUGCAGCUACAUUAGUAGGCCUACAAAUGAAAAUAUCUAUCACCUUGUGAGGCGCCUGGGACUGCCUCGGUGCAUAUCAUACUGUAGAGUUGUGUUUACUCACCAGUAGACUGCAGUAGUUUCUAAACUGUAUUGUGUAACUUUGCCAUCAGACUAGGCAUACAGGAUAUAUACGUAUCCAUACUGAAGCGUCCAAAAUUCCUCUAUUCCUCAAUCCUAAACACCUUUUUUAGACAUACCUGUAGAACUGUCAACACGCUUGGCAUAUUUUACUAUCGUGAUAUAACGUAAUGUACUACUGUUUUCAUGUCAUGAAAUGUUUGAUAGUGGAGGAGGGAGGUAAGGUGUUUGUGAUGGUGGUGCACAGCCACAUCAUUAGAGUGGUUGCCAUCCUGCAACCAUAGGAGUCAGCUGUAAAAAUGAUGAAGAUUUCUUUAUAGCUGGAGGAAGUCUUGAAUUUCAGAAAGAGAAUCUGCGCAAAGGACAGACUUAGACUGCUGAUGUAGAAACAUGACUCAUGCCAGUAAGGCUUUUGUGUUAGUUUGAUAAUGCAUCGGAACUCUAUUCAGGCAAUGUCAUUCAAGAUGCUGUGAAGUAGAAUUAGAGCCAAACUCUAUAGAAUGUCUAUAGAAUGGAGGACCAAAAGGGAACCUGUUAAUCUGAGUGUGACAUGAAUACCUAUUUGGUGUUCUUUUGUUUCUUGAUAUCCUCAAUAAACACUGGAUUUCAAAAUCA